CUGGGCAGGCAUCUUCGCCGGCGUGCGGGCUGCGGCACGGGCGUGUGUUCCCUCUGCCGCGGGGAGACCAUGGCAGACAGAAACACGGUAACGAGCGCUUUGGGGUUACGUUGUCUUCAGCUCAGCCAAGGUGAGCCCUUCGUCAUGGUGAGCGUUGAGCUAGACCGACCUUCACCAGCACCUGGAAGAAAACGGCUUCCUCCCAGCUCCCAGGGGGGAUGGCAAGAGCGUCUGGGACCCCCUUUGCAGCCCUGUUGGGGUGGGGGUGCUCCUGGCAGAGGGACAGCAUGAGAAGGCUCCGCAUUGCCCAGUCCAACCGUGCACUGAACAGCUCCAGCACCGCCUCUGCCCACCGACUUCAGAGCUGUCCCUGCGGUAACCUUCCUGCAAGGCAGCUCGCAUCCCGGCGAGGCGAUGGGGAAGCCGGGCGCUGAGGGAAGGAGACGUGCCCGCCGUCCUGCAGCGGAAGGUGGCAGAACCCUGUGCUCCUGGUGUAACCACAUCCCCGUUUGGUGGUGGACAGCUGACAGAAGUGAUUUGUCGGAGGAAGUUGCUCUUCGAGUGCUGCUGAAGUCUGGCAGAGCUGGCCAGGGGCUGUGUGUGCCUGGCCAUGGUCUCCAGCCAUGGUCUUCACCCCGCAGCAGUUUGCUCCACCACGAGCAGAGUUCUAUUUCCCUUCCUGCGCGGAAGAGAGCCAUGUGCCACCUGCGGUACCUCCUGGAGGGAAGGAUUUCUUGGAUCUGGUCGUCAUCUGCCGCUGUUGGAUUUGGACGUCCCUUCUGUAAGAUAUGGGGGGACCCAGCCCUGCGGUCAGCUCAGCAGCCCUCUCCUGGGACCACACGUGUCCCCUGGAAGGGUAAAGGUAACGCUUGGGUCUUUUUUCCAACUCCAAAUGGAGGCAGAAGCUUGAGGAGCAAAGUACCCAAGUGUCCCGUUGUCUUUGGAAAAGGGCAUUCGGCUCUCGGAUCCCGCAGGUCCGUGGCUGUGUAAGGGGCUCAUGUCUCAGCCGAGCUCCUCCCGCCUUGCCAGCUGCUCCUGAUUUGCCUGUGCUGUGUGAUUUACCGUUCCCUUUCACCGUCGGUUCCUCGAUGACGAUUCCAGCCCGAGUUGCUAUGGUGACUUUAUUGCAAAGGAAUGGGGUGAACGUCGAAGGAGCGACGCACAAGCAAGUGGUGGACCUGAUCCGUGCAGGAGAGAAGGAGUUAAUUCUGACGGUGCUGUCCGUGCCUCCCCACGAGGCCGAUAACCUGGAUCCCAGCGAUGACUCUUUGGGGCAGUCGUUCUAUGACUACACGGAAAAACAGGCUGUGCCCAUCUCCAUCCCCACGUACAAGCACGUGGAGCAAAACGGCGAGAAGUUUGUGGUCUACAAUGUUUACAUGGCGGGCCGCCAGCUCUGCUCGAAGCGGUACCGGGAGUUUGCCAUCCUGCACCAGAACCUGAAACGGGAAUUUGCCAACUUCACUUUCCCGCGUCUCCCGGGGAAGUGGCCGUUCUCCUUGUCGGAGCAGCAGCUGGACGCCCGGCGGCGAGGGCUGGAGGAGUACCUGGAGAAAGUGUGUUCGAUACGUGUCAUCGGGGAGAGCGACAUCAUGCAGGAGUUCCUGUCGGAGUCGGACGAGAAUUACAACGGCGUCUCGGACGUGGAGCUCCGCGUGGCGUUACCAGAUAUAACAACAGUGACGGUCAGAGUCAAAAAGAACAGCACUACAGACCAGGUGUACCAGGCUGUGGCUGCGAAAGUUGGAAUGGACAGUAUUACCGCAAACUACUUCGCCUUGUUUGAAGUGAUCAAUCACUCCUUCGUGCGCAAACUGGCGCCCAAUGAAUUCCCCCACAAACUCUACGUGCAGAACUACACCUCGGCGGUGCCGGGAACGUGCCUGACCAUCCGAAAAUGGCUCUUCACUACAGAGGAGGAGGUUCUUCUCAAUGACAACGACCUGGCAGUCACCUACUUCUUCCACCAGGCUGUUGAUGAUGUCAAGAAAGGCUACAUCAAAGCAGAGGAGAAGUCCUACCAGUUACAGAAGCUGUGUGAGCAGAGAAAGAUGGUCAUGUACUUAAACAUGUUACGGACGUGCGAGGGCUACAACGAGAUCAUCUUCCCCCACUGCUCCUGCGACUCUCGGCGGAAGGGACACGUGAUCACAGCCAUCAGCAUUAAGCACUUUAAACUCCACGCCUGCACAGAGGAGGGCCAGCUGGAGAACCAGGUAAUAGCAUUCGAAUGGGAUGAAAUGCAGCGGUGGGACACGGACGAAGAGGGAAUGGCAUUUUGUUUCGAAUACGCACGAGGAGAGAAGAAACCCCGAUGGGUUAAAAUCUUCACCCCCUACUUCAACUACAUGCACGAGUGCUUCGAACGGGUUUUCUGCGAGCUCAAGUGGAGGAAGGAGGUGGAGGAGGAAGCAGCAGACAAGGAUAACAAGAACUGCAGUAAGGACAAUAUGUGCAGCAAGGUAAUUGGGCUGGAAGCAAACAGCGCCCGUGCUCUCUGAGCCCGUCUGGCGGCUCCGCUGCGGAGGUGGCGGCUCCUGCUUCCCUGCUCCGCUCCGGUUAGCGUAGGGCAGUGUCCUUCCAUCGCCGCUCCUUCUUGGAGGGAGCUCGUGGGGCAAAAUUCCCUGCUGCUGCUUCUCACGGGAUAGAGAUGGCUUUGUGCUUGGGGGCCUCUUCCCUGGCAGCAGCGACCCGACGUGCCCGUCUCCAGGACUCUGCCACUCUUUGGAUGUCCUGGAAUGUGACGCUGCGGCUGAUGGCUGAGGUCGGAGCCCCGGCUCCCUGGAGGAGAGAGGGGGAGGGCGCAGCUGUGAAGGGGAUGAGCGCUCUGGCUGUGCCCUUUUAAAGGACCAAAGAGCUGAUCCUGCGAGCCGCUGGCUACUGGCGCGUGCUUUGGCCCUCUUGUUGUUCUGCAGUGGUGAGCAAAGCCCUUUAGGGACUGAUGGACGCCGUUCACAGCGCUUCUUUGGCAGCAGGGAGCGAGCACACUUGUGUCGUAGCACCUCCCAAACGCGCCUCUGUCCCCCUGCCGCGCUCUGCCCGGCCGUUUGCCCAUCCAGCCCGGACAGGAUUUAAAGCUGAACCCUUCAGGUUGCGUCAGGAUGUACCGGGAAGCGCCCGCGAAUGUUCCUGCCUGUCUCCAGGCUGUCCCCUCGUGGGCUUCUAU